GCCAUUCCUAGGGCACAUUGAGGCAAACAAAAAUUACAAAUUAUUUCAUGGUCAGCACAGGUAAAACGACAACAUCUUUCUCUCGGGUUAGCCGUCAGUGACUGGAUAACAACUUGGUAGAAGUUUAUAAGAGCGACACGAUCAUCUGUAACUAAUUCAAGAAAAUGAGCGCCGACGAGUACAACCACUCGCAGCCGCUCGCCAACGUCACACCUUGGUUCGUCUACGAGUGCACCAUCAAGCUGGACGCCGAAUACCGCCGCAUCUCCCUCUUCCUGCUCUACCUGUUCGUGUUCGUGGUGGGGCUGCUGGAGAACACGCUAGUGGUGUGGGUCAACUGGCGCCGCCGCCACUCAGCCAACGGAGUCCUCUUUUGCGUGCUCAACGUCAGCCUGUCGGACCUGAUGGUGAUCGCCGUGCUGCCCUUCUUCAUGAUGGAGGUGACCGUGGAUCGGGUGUGGCUGUGGGGCCGCUUCCUCUGCAAGCUCACCAGUCUCAUCUACGGAGUGAACUUCUACACCAGCUCCUUGUUUCUGGCCGCCAUGACCUUGGAGCGCUACCUCUCGCUCAGCAGGCCGUCGUCGCCAGUUUUGUUCCCAGCGGCGGGCCGGCGACGCUGGGCCCUCUGCGGAGGCGUGUGGCUGUUCUCCCUACUCCUGGCCCUGGUCGAGAACGUGCACGUGGAUCUUCUGGAAUGGGACGAGCCGGGCUGCUACAUGCUUCCCGAGGGCAACUACAUUCACUGGUUCAUGUCCGUGGCCUUCCUGUGCCUGAUUUUCCAGUUUCUGGGGCCCGCCUCGGUCAUUAUCACCUGCAACGUGCUAAUCGCCCGCACAAUCCAGACAGCCCCCGACGUGCAGGACCGGCGGGAUGUGUGGUUGGUGCAUGUCUACUCGCUGGUGUUCGUCAUGUGUUGGCUGCCGUACCACUUGGUCAUGAUGCUGAUGAUCGCAAGCGACAUCUCGCCCGAGCUCUUUGGCUGCAACAUGGUGGAAUUCGUCUACUUCUCCUUCAGCGUGGUGCAGAGCCUGUCACUCUUUCACUGCGUGGCUAACCCCAUCCUCUACAACUUCCUGAGCAAGAGCUUCCGCGACAACCUGGUCAAUGCCGUAAUGAGCCGCUUACCCGGUCAGACGGCGGACGCAGGGACUGGGCGCAACAAAGGAGGAGGCGACAAGGGCGCACGCCCCAAGUCCAGUCACGCCAGCACCAGCCAGUCUGACGUCAGCUCUUGAUUGAAAAGUUACAGGUGGCUGAAACCUCACCAGUGGACACUUGUUACUUCGGUGGCUUUCCAAACAAGUGUACUACUUUAUUGGUUAAUGAUCUUCUUCUGCACACCUCGAGGUUUGUUCGGUCAACUCCGCUCCCAUUCAGUGCAAAGUAUACAACGACCCAGACAUUACUCGGGGCCACAGUAUAGCUAGAACUGCUAUAAACCUUAAAAUGCCCCACAGUCCUCCCCUACUUACUUGCGGCACCCGCAGAGUCAAGCAAUUUUUUCCCCCCCAUAAUUUUGGUUUUAGGGGGCAACCAAGCCCCCAAAAACACUUAUUGGGGGUUAAACUUUUGAUUGCACACGUGCAACAAUUUAAUGUUGCCACAACUUUAACAAAUAAAGAGUUGAAUGGCAUAAUUCCCAACAGCUGCUCGAUUCAUGAACCCAUCAAUGAAUUUCCCGUCUCAUCCUUUUCACAUUUUGACAUCUUGUGACCAAGACGGUAACUAACAAUUGAGCAACAGCACCAAUUUGUAUUCCAUGUGCACAUUAUACCCAUUUCCUAGCCAUUAUUAUGUGCCGUGAACAUUGUACCUGAUUCAUUUCCCCAAAAUAGUAUUUGUGUUUUUCCCGAGUUACUUAAGUACAACAUGCACCUGAAAAAUUGAAAAUGUGAACAGCAUGAUGAAGAGGACUGUUAAAAUACAAAUUCUAACCAAACUGGUUUUAUUGGUCCAUGUUGGGAUUUGCUGUUCAGGUCCUUGAAAAGCAAGUUGUGCAGAAAGUACUGAAACUAAAGUAUAAGACUGAUUAUGUUAAACAGUUAUUGAAGGUCCAGUGGCAGGCAGUGCAGUUCAGAUGUUGGACAAACAGAAUACAAGCACAGUAGUGUUAUUUUACUUACUUUUCAUUUGCGUACAUUUUAUACCGUCUUAGUUGUACCUCUUUGUCAUAUCAUCUCACUUGUGCAAAUCAACGCUGCUGGUGUAUGUUGCUCAUGGGCAGAUAGAACUAAACCUGCAAGUGAGACGUUUUAAGAAAUGUUUCUACGAGAAGAAUAUAAAAAAUGCACCUGUGAAGCUGACUCACUUUUGACUGUUUUG